AUGAGUUUCGCAUGCAAGCCCGCGCCAGGAACCAUCAUUAUGCGACGUCCACCCGUUCAGAUGUUUUGUCAACGCUGUUGUGAUAAGUGGAGAUUGGGAGGAUUGUAUGAGCAAGAAGCGACGGAAAGUAUUGCGAGGGUGGAUAGAGCGUUAGCGGGAACGGAAUUUCGGUUGACGAGAGAGGAUAUUCAGGAGGGCUUGAGGAAGGCAGAUGAGUUGUUUAGACGUGAGGGAUUUUAA